UACCCCUUAAAAAAGCUCUCUCCGCCCCCUCCUCUUCUCUCCACGCUCAAACCCCUCGCCCCCAAUUCCUCCUCUCCCAAACCGUAACCCUAACCCUAACCCCAGGGAGCAAUUGAAGAGGAGAAAUGGCCCAGAGAGAGAAGGAGCUCCAGGUCCCCGAGACCCGCACCCUCUGCGUCAACAACUGCGGCUUCUACGGCAAUCCGGCCACCAAUAACAUGUGCCAGGCCUGCUUCCAGGCUGCCGGAUUCGCCGCCCCGUCGUCUCCCCCGUCCUGUUCCAGCCACGAGAAGCCCAGAUCCGCCCCUGCCCGGUCGCCGGAUCCGGCGGCGGAAGGCGGGUGGGGAGAGGCCAGGGGGCCGCCGGCCAAGCCCGAUGCCGCCGCCGCCGCCGCAGGGGUGACGCUGGCGAAGCGGGUGAACCGGUGUGCUGGGUGCCGGAAGAGGGUGGGGCUGACGGGGUUCCGGUGCCGGUGCGGAGAGCUGUUCUGCGCGGAGCAUCGGUACUCUGACCGCCACGACUGCAGCUUCGACUACAAGGCCGCCGGCCGGGAGGCCAUCACCCGCGAGAACCCCGUCGUCCGGGCCUCCAAGAUCGUUAAAAUAUGAGGAGUUGUUGGGGGAACUUUUCCGUUUUUAUUUUUCCUUUUGGUAAUCUCUCCUUUGUGUGACCGGAAAAUUUCCAGAAUCGGAGAGAGAAGCACCUUGUUUUUUUUUUUCUUUUUUUAUAUAAAGAUUAAAUUAAGAAGAAAACCGAUCUCGAUCUUCCGUUAAA